CUUCACUGACUCUUGCACCAAGCACUUUAGCAUGGCAGCUCGCGCAGCUACGAACCUCUUCAUUGUGGGCGCCAAGCGGACGCCGUUUGGCACCUUUGGCGGGACGCUCAAGGGCAUGUCAGCCACCGACCUUGCGGUCCAUGCCACCCGCGCCGCCAUUGCUGACGCUGGCGUCUCGGCCGAGGCCGUCGACAACGUGGUGAUCGGCAACGUGCAGCAGACUGACCCGCAGGCGGCGUACCUUGCGCGGCAUGUGGCGCUCAAGUCGGGGUGCGCGAUUUCGACGCCGGCGCACGUGGUCAACCGGCUGUGCGGCUCCGGCUUUGAGUCGCUGGUCUCAGCGGCGCACUCUAUCCUCCUCGGCGAGGCUUCGGUGGCGGUUGCGGGCGGAACCGAGUCGAUGUCGCAGGCGCCGUACCACCUGCCGGGCUCGAUGCGGUUCGGAACGGUGCUGGGGCAGCCUCCGCAGAUGACGGACACGCUCUGGGCCGGGCUCACCGACUCGCAUGUGCAGUCGCCGAUGGGCAUGACGGCGGAGAAGCUCGCCGAGAUGUACAACGUGACGCGCGAGGACUCGGACGAGUACGCGCUCGCGUCGCAGGCCCGGUGGGCGGCGGCGGCGGCCAACGGCGUGUUUGACGCCGAGAUUGCGCCGGUGGAGGUCAAGGGCAAGCGCGGGAAGACGACGACCUUUGCCAUCGACGAGCACCCGCGGCCGGAGACGACGCUUGAGGGGCUCGGCAAGCUGCCGACGGUGUUCAAGAAGGACGGCGUGGUCACGCCUGGCGCGGCAUCGGGCAUUUGUGACGGUGCCGCGUCGGUUGUCGUCGCCUCGGAGGAGGCCGCCAACAAGCACGGCCUCAACCCGCUCGCCCGCGUCGUCGCCUGGCACGUCGAGGGCGUCGACCCGACCAUCAUGGGCAUCGGCCCGGUCCCGGCCAUCCGCGGCGUGCUUGCCAAGUCCGGCCUCUCGCUCGACGACAUCGGCCUGGUCGAGAUCAACGAGGCCUUUGCCCCGCAGUACCUCGCCUGCGAGCGUGAGCUCGGCCUCGACCGCGCCAUCACCAACGCGUCCGGUGGCGCCAUCGCUCUCGGCCACCCGCUGGGAGCCUCGGGCGCCCGCAUCAUGUCGCACCUCGCCCAUCGCGUCGCCAACCUGGACGUCAAGUACGCCAUUGGCUCGGCCUGCAUCGGCGGUGGCCAGGGCAUUGCCGUUCUCAUCGAGAAGGUCAUCUAGAGUGCCAACCUGCUCUGCCUGGCAUUGUAAAACCUGUGCUCCACUUGCC